GAGUUGAUUUUAAGUAGUGAUCGAUAUGGAAUUGUCAGGGCGUACACUCUUUCUGGCUCUUCUAUUGUGCACCUGUCUGACCAUAGCACUCAGCCAACCCAUGCCUUACGAAAGACGAACACUAAAGAAUUCACGUGGUCUGGUGAAAAAAAAUGAGAGGCCAACUAUGAAGAAAAUUGAGGUAAUGGCAACGAAAGCCGAUAUACCUCGUUUUCUGCGCAUAAAAUUGAUGGACAAUUGCCUGGGCACUGGCAGGGACUGCAGCCGAUCCGAAGAGUGUUGUUCGCAACAAUGCUUAACACUUGCUAAAAAGUGUGUUUUUAAAGUGCCAAGGGAAGUCCGUGAAACCAGCUGAGAAUAAAUCGCAUCGAUGAAAACAGUUGCUCAUCACUCAAUCAAAGAACUUGAAGAGCAAAGCCUUUCUUUUGCAAUAAAGACAUAGACAUUAAUGGCAUGAACUUGAUUUGUGAGAAAAUAAUAGUAAAGUGGCAACAUCAUCAAUAUGUACUGUCUCACUCAGUUUCACCCCUCUCCCUCUCCCAUCCCUCUCUCUCUCUCUCUCUCUUUCUGUCUGCCUCAAAUUUUGUUGUCGUCAGCAUUCAG